AUGGUUCAAAUGGCGCCCAUAUGGUUUUACUCGCUAGCGAGUUCCAUCCCCGUCAAGCGCGAGGUGCUCAACGAUGCUGCGGCACGGGCUUUGCGUUUCCAGUGGAGGAACCCAGCCGACAUCCUUUCCGUGCUCCUUCUCCUCGGCCCCGAAAUCUUGAAGAAUCGUGGUACACUCAUGCCAGCACCGGACGUAGAUGGUGUCAUGGUUGUUGGCGCCGACAGCACCCACCUCCGGAAUUCAUCAAGCUGA